ACACAAAAAUAGUUUUGGGUAAAAAAUUAGACAGUUGUUCUAGGGUUUCAUUGACUGAUGAAAUUGCAAACACCAAUUGGGCCUCAAAUCUCCACACACCACUAGGUGAGAGAGAGAGAAACAAAGAUAACCUGUACUCAAAUCAGAUGAUUCUAGCCGUCUUCAAGAUCUGAUUUGCGCCAAAAAUAUCUCAAAUUAUCCAAAACUAUCGAUUUUAUCGCAAAAUUCAGAACUUUUAGCUUUUUAAUUAGCCGUUGAGUGGAUCGUGAUGGUUUUGGAUUAAUUACGGUGUUCGAUUUUUACGCUCUGAUAUUCCGUUACCUUUUUGGUUCUAAAUAUAGAAGUUGUUGCAUAAUUUUCGUAUGCAAUCUGGUGGUGGGGCCCAGCAGGGAGGUGGUGGUGGCCAUGGCCGCAGCAACGUGGUGGCCGGACCACCGUCAGCCGCCGCAUCGCCGUCGUCUUCGUCGUCGGCGGUGUCUCGGCCUAAUUUAGGGUUUGAUCCGAUGAAACACCAACAGCAACAGCAUAUGCAGGCAUUGCAGCAACAGUUACUAAGAAACCCUGAAGGGAGAGAAGCUAUAUUAGCAUAUCAAGCUGGAAUCAGGCAGGGAGGAUUAGGAGGUGGUGUUGCUUCGGGUUCGAGCGCGAUGCAACAAAUGCAACGGGUGUCUCAGCAGCAUGGCCAAGAGGAAGGGCAAAGUGGAAGACUUGGUUUUGAUCAACACAUGAUGAAUCCGAUGCAACAGGCGUAUAUGCAGUAUGCGCUUCAUGCUCAACAAGCGCAACAGAAGUCUUCGUCGGGUAUGCAAGCGCAGCAGCAGAUGAAAAUGGGAGUGAUGGGGAAAGAUCAAGAGUUGAAUAUGGGAAAUGCAAGAUUGCAGGAUGCCUUUGCAUUUCAGGCACAGGUUUUGUCUUCCAAGAAACCUUCAGAUCAAUUUGGGCAUGGAGGGAAGCAGGUUAUGGAGGAAAACAAUCAGGCGGUUUCUGAUCAAAGUCAAAGUGAGAGUCAAGGUCAAAGUAGAAUUCAAAAUCAGAAGCAUUUUGGUGUUCCGACAUCGUUUGGGCAGGUGAUACCAGGGAGUAAUUUGGGACCGAUGCAAGCUGCACAAGCUCAACAGGGUAUGCAUAAUAUGGGAAACAGCCAGGUGGCAAUGGCUGCACAAAUGCAGGCGAUGCAGGCUUUGGCUCUUGAGCGUAACAUUGAUCUUUCGCUUCCGCAAAAUGCUAAUCUGAUGGCACAACUAAUGCCGAUCAUGCAGUCUAGGAUGCUUGGGCAACAAAAAGCCAACGAAAGCAACAUGGGCCCACAGUCAAAGCAGCAGGUCACUUCACCACAAGUCGCAAAUGAAAGUUCUCCCCAUAGUGAUGUAUCGGGUCAUUCAGGCUCUACAAAUGCAAGGCAGGCAAUGUCACCUGGCCAUAUCGGGUCAACCCAAAAUGCCCCCUUGGUCAACAAUUCUAGUGGUGGUCAAGGUCAACAGUUUUCUAUUCAUGGGAGGGAGAACCAGUUGGCACCUAGGCAACCCACUGUUAACGGUAGUGGUAUGUCUUCUAUGCCGCCCCCACAGUCACCUGCUAACAUGAGCCAGGGUGGUUCAGAUCAUUUUAGCAAAAACACAGUAACUGGUUCUGAAUCGUUGCCGAUACAGCAUGCUAGACAGCAAAUGAACAGGUCUUCAUCUAAUAAUGUUGGAUUGGAUAUACCAAAACCACCCACGAACUUUACGAAACAGCAACUUCAUGUUCUUAAAGCCCAAAUUCUUGCUUUUAGGCGUAUAAAGAAAGGAGAGAAAAUUCUGCCUCGGGAAUUACUUCAAGCUAUCACACCGCCUCCACUUGAAGUGCAGUUGCAGCAGAUUAAUGCCCCUGCUGGUAGAAAUCUUAUGGAUUCGAAAAACAAAGAUCUUCAGGCUGUGACAUCGUCUGCUGGGAUGAAUAAUCCGAAAAGCGAAACACAUGAGGAGAAAGCAAUUGCAGGUACAACAGCUAAUGCACAAGGUACAACUGUAAUUAACGAAACUCCAUCGGUUUCUCUUCCUGCGAAAGAAGAACAGAGAAAUCCUGCAAUUCCUACCAAACAGGAACAUGAGGUAGAACAUGGGAAUCAGAGAACUUCUCAUGUAGGUGAGGGUCCCACAGACAAAGGUAAGGCGGUUGCGGUUGCAUCUACCAAUGCUGUUGUCUCGCAAUCGGUAAAUCCGUCUCAAACGAAAGAUCCCGGUCCUUCUAGAAAGUACCAUGGCCCGCUGUUUGACUUUCCUUUCUUCACUCGGAAACAUGAUUCUUUUGGAUCGAGUAUGAUGCUCAACAACAAUAACAAUCUAACUCUAGCAUAUGAUGUGAAGGAUCUCCUUGUUGACGAAGGCGUAGAAGUGAUUAACAAAAAGAAAAACGAAAGUUUAAAAAAGAUCAAUGGCUUACUAGCUGUAAAUCUGGAGAGAAAAAAGAUAAGGCCGGAUCUUGUUUUAAGGUUACAGAUUGAAGAAAAGAAACUUCUACUACAAGAUUUACAGACACGCGUGAGAGAAGAAGUUGAUCAGCAACAGCAGGAUAUAAUGGCUAUGCCAGAUAGACCAUAUAGGAAAUUUGUUCGGUUAUGUGAACGCCAACGAAUGGAGCUCAAGAGACAAGUACAAGCUGCUCAAAGAGCCAUUAGAGCGAAACAGCUGAAAAUUAUUUUCCAGUGGCGUAAGAAGCUUCUAGAAUCUCACUGGGCUCUCCGCGAUGCACGGACUUCACGUAACAAGGGUGUUGCUAAGUAUCAUGAGAAGAUGUUGAGGGAAUAUUUCAAGAAUAACGAUGGGGACGAUCGUAGUAAAAGAAUGGAAGCGUUGAAAAAUAAUGAUGUUGAGAGGUAUAGAGAGAUUCUCAUGGAGCAACAAAAUAGCGUCCCCAGUGAGGCUGCUGAGAGAUACGAGGUUUUAUCUUCGUUUUUAUCUCAGACCGAAGAUUAUCUCAAUAAACUUGGAGGCAAAAUUACAUCCGCCAAGAAUCAACAGGAUGCUGAGGAGGCUGCGAAUGUUGCAUCUGCAGCUGCAAGAGCUCAGGGUCUAUCUGAAGAAGAAGUGAGGGCUGCAGCAUCUUGUGCGAGGGAAGAAGUUAUAAUAAGAAACCGUUUCUCUGAAAUGAAUGCACCCCAAGAUAGUUCAUCUGUUAGCAAAUAUUAUACUCUUGCACAUGCUGUCAGUGAAAGGGUCAUACGGCAACCCUCAAUGCUUCGAAAAGGAACCUUACGUGACUAUCAGCUUGUUGGAUUGCAGUGGAUGCUUUCAUUGUAUAACAAUAAAUUGAAUGGUAUAUUGGCUGAUGAAAUGGGUCUCGGGAAAACUGUCCAGGUUAUGGCUUUGAUUGCUUAUCUGAUGGAGUUCAAAAGCAACUAUGGCCCACAUCUUAUAAUCGUUCCAAAUGCUGUUCUGGUUAACUGGAAGAGUGAGCUGCAUAAUUGGUUACCAAACGUGUCCUGUAUCUACUACGUCGGUAACAAAGAUCAGCGGUCAAAGUUGUUUACCCAAGAGGUUUCCAAACUGAAAUUCAAUGUCCUCGUGACAACUUACGAAUUUGUCAUGUUUGAUAAAACGAAACUUUCUAGAGUUGACUGGAAAUAUAUAGUUAUUGACGAAGCACAAAGAAUGAAGGACCGAGAGUCUGUUUUAGCACGCGAUCUUGACAGAUAUCGAUGCCAAAGGCGGCUUCUUCUCACUGGGACCCCCUUACAGAAUGAUCUUAAAGAGCUCUGGUCAUUGUUGAAUCUGCUGCUUCCUGAUGUGUUUGACAAUCGAAAAGUGUUUCAUGAUUGGUUUUCACAGCCUUUCCAAAAAGAAGGCGCGCACAAUGCUGAAGAUGAUUGGCUCGAAACCGAGAAAAAAGUUAUCAUCAUACAUCGACUUCAUCAAAUCUUGGAGCCUUUCAUGCUCAGACGUCGUGUUGAAGAUGUUGAAGGUUCUCUUCCUCCAAAGAUCUCGAUCAUUUUAAAAUGUAAAAUGUCAGCUAUCCAAGGUGUGAUAUACGAUUGGAUAAAAGCUACUGGUACUAUUCGGGUCGACCCAGAAGAUGAGAAGCGCAAGGUUCAAAAGAGCUCAAUGUACCAAGCGAAAACGUUCAAGCCUUUGAACAACAAAAUCAUAGAACUCAGGAAAACGUGCAACCAUCCUUUGCUUAACUACCCGUUUUUUAACGAUCUGUCGAAAGACUUUCUUGUUAAUUCAUGUGGCAAGUUAUGGGUUCUUGAUAGAAUCUUAAUAAAGCUUCAAAGAACAGGGCAUCGCGUACUUUUAUUUAGUACAAUGACAAAGCUGUUAGAUAUCUUGGAGGAAUAUUUACAGUGGCGUCGACUCGUGUACAGAAGAAUUGAUGGUACAACCAGCUUGGAAGAUCGCGAGUCAGCAAUUGUUGACUUUAACAGCCCGGAUACCGAUUGUUUUAUCUUUUUACUCAGCAUUCGUGCAGCUGGACGAGGUUUAAAUCUUCAAACAGCUGACACAGUUAUCAUAUACGACCCCGACCCAAACCCGCAAAACGAGGAACAAGCGGUUGCUAGAGCUCAUCGUAUCGGUCAAACACGAGAGGUCAAAGUCAUUUACAUGGAAGCUGUUGUUGAUAAAGUUUCUAGUCAUCAAAAAGAGGAUAAUUUCAGGAACGGAGGUGGUGUUGACUCGGAUGAUGAUCUGGCGGGUAAAGAUCGUUACAUAGGAUCUAUUGAGAGCCUGAUAAGAAAUAAUAUUCAACAAUAUAAGAUUGACAUGGCUGAUGAGGUCAUAAAUGCUGGACGGUUUGACCAAAGAACCACACAUGAAGAAAGACGGUCAACCUUGGAAUCAUUGUUACGUGAUGAAGAAAGAUAUCAAGAAACUGUUCAUGACGUCCCGUCACUUCAAGAAGUCAACCGAAUGAUCGCUAGGAGUGAAGAAGAAGUUGAACUUUUCGAUCAAAUGGAUGAAGAAGAUGACUGGACGGAUGAGAUGGUACGAUACGAUCAAGUUCCUAAAUGGCUCCGUGCGGGUACUCGAGAAGUCAAUGCUACUGUCGCCAGAAUGUCUAAAAAGCCCCUGAAGGACAGCUUAUACACCGAUAACAUCGGUGUGGAAUUAAGUGAAAUGGGUUCAGAUGUUACACAUCAAAGAAGGGCGCGUCUUAAAGGAAAGAAGUAUCUGAAUUAUGCUGAGCUGGACGACAUAGAGGAAUUCUCUGAGGCUUCAUCUGAAGAGAAUGUGAAUGCGGAGGAAGAAAUCGGGGAUUCUGAUGAUAAUGAUGAUGAAACUACAGCUACACCUAUAGUUGAUAAACGUCAAUUAGAAGAAGAGGAUGUUCCUGCUUCUGUUAAUAGGUAUGAGUAUAAUAAUGGUGGACCGUCUGGUUCUACUCGACAAAAUCAUAUGCUUCAAGAACCAGGUUCUUCAGGAUCAUCUUCAGAUAGUAGACAGUUAACACCAAUACCAAUUCCUUCUAAUUCUUCCAAGAGAUUCGGGUCACUUUCUGCGUUAGAUUCUCGGCCCGGUCCUCGUUCCAGAAGACUGAAUGAUGAUGUAGAAGAAGGUGAGAUUGCUAUGUCUGGAGAUUCACAAAUGGACCUCCAACAAUCCGGUAGUUUGAACCAUGAUCACGAUGAAAAUGAAAAACUUUUGCAACCGAAAUUAAAACGCAAACGUAGCAUUCGUGUUCGACCACGGCCUGCUGUGGUGAAGCCGGAUAACAAGUCUGUUGACCGGUCAUCUCUCCUUCGUGGUCAGUCCUCUCAUCUGCCUUUUCAACCAGAUCGGACAUCACAUGCUGACCGAAAAGGUCAGGCUGACCGAAAAGGUCAGGCUGACCGAAAGUUGGUUCAAGAGAAUAACGCUUACAAGCAUGAACAGAGGCAGAGCAGCCCCUCAUUGAAGGCUAAACGUACUCCCCCUGCCCGGAAAAUUGCCGGGCAACCAACAAGAACAAAUCCCGUAUCCGGUCCUUCAGAAAACACUAAGGAGCAGUUUAAAGAAAGAUCGGAUGUUAAAGUAAAGAAAGGAAGCGGGUCUUUUGGUGGAACUAUGAUGACUGAGGCUAUGCAAAGAAGGUGCAAAAAUGUAAUCACCAAGAUCCAGAGGAGAAUCGACAAAGAAGGUCAACAAAUUAUUCCGUUGCUAACUGAUUUAUGGAAGAGAACUGAAAGUCCCAGGAGCGGUGCGGGAAACGGUCUUCUUGAUCUAAGAAAGAUUGAGCUGCGAGUUGACCAAGUGGAGUACAAUGAAGUUACUGAUCUGAUUGCUGAUGUGCAACUUAUGCUAAAAGGCGGCAUGCAGUAUUUCGGAUUUUCCCAUGAGGUGAGGUCUGAAGCGAGGAAGGUGCACGAUCUGUUUUUUGAUAUAAUGAAAAUUGCGUUUCCCGAUACAGACUUCCGAGAAGCCAGGAGUGCACUCACUUUCUCUGGCCCAAUGGCAUCCUCGUCUCCUAGAGGGGUACCACCUAUUGGUCAAACCAAGAGACCAAAACCGAUGAAUGACCCAGAGCCCGAACCAAGUCUCCCCCGGAGACCGCUUUCUCGUGGGUCCAUCCCUGCUAGAGAAACACGGUUCGGAAACACCAGCACCGGGGGUGCGGGUCCGUCUCAUGCUCAGGAAGAACCUAGACCGAUCUCCCAUCCGGGUGAGCUAGUUAUCUGCAAGAAGAAAAGAAAAGACAGAGCUGGUCCUGUUUCGUCUAUGGGUCGCGGGAUCAGGAGUCCGGGUCAAACUAGACCGAGUCAAAGUCAAACGGGUGGUCAGCAGGGAAAUGGGAGUGGAUCUAGCUUUGGUUGGGCUAACCCUGUUAAAAAAAUGAGGACAGAUGCAGGGAAAAGAAGGCCCAGUCAACCAUGAAAGUUUGCAGAUUAGCGUAUAAUGUGUGCGUUGAGUACUACUAUUGAAGCAUAUAGUACAAGUGGCCAUGCGUAAACGCGUAGUGUUGAUAAUACAAACUUAUUUUUUUCUCAGAAGAUUUUAGUGUUAAGUGAACUGAUAAAUCCGAUUUGCAAUGAUUUUCCGACACUUAUCGGUUUGUAUUUGUAUUCGAUAGUAUAACCCCGACAAAAAUCACCUUAGUCUAGUAAUUCGCAAUAUGUGAUAAGAAAGAAAUCCUUCUUUA